GCAUUUCCCCACCCAUUCUCGAUCCGGUUACCAUCCCUAGAGAUGAGAUGAUGGAUAUGGGAAGAACACUUCCCAAUGUCAAAAGCAGAAACAAACAAAAAUAUGACGAUGCUGCGAUGCGAGAAAUUGUUGGGUUGCAUUGAUUUCCAUCCUCUCACAAUAAACAAUCAUUCCAUGACUCCAUGACUGAUCAUAUAAACCAGAUCCCCUCCUCUUCAAUUUCAUGUUUUUUCUUCAUCGUCACUGCGGCUUGUACUCCAAUUUCUCUCGAAACCACCACCGCCAAUGGCGUCGUCUGAUCUCAAAUCCGCCGCCUUGAUGGACCAGAUGAAGGCUCACUUCUCCACCGACGCCGGCAAAGCGAUCACCAAAAAAAUAGGCCUUGUUUAUCAAAUCAAUAUCGCUCCCAAGAAAAUUGGAUUCAACGAAGAGAUAUAUGUUGUUGAUCUGAAGAAAGGAGAGGUUACCAAAGGCCCGUAUGAAGGAGGAAAGCCAGACGCCACCUUUUCUUUCACGGAUGCGGAUUUCAUCAAGAUUGCCACCGGGAAAAUGAACCCUCAAUUUGCUUUCAUGAGAGGUGCAAUGAAGGUGAAAGGCAGUUUGAGUGCAGCCCAGAAAUUCACACCUGACAUCUUUCCUAAACCUUCAAAGAUGUAAGCAAGAAACUGGUCCUUUUGCAGUUGUAGAUGAAUAUUAAUUUAAUGCUAUGUUGUUAUAAAUUGUAUUGGAUCUUUCUUUUUCCACAAACCAAAUGCUUGAGCACCAUUUAUCCUCUGUCUAAUUAAUUCUCAAAACAUUUUAUAGUUAAUUUGUGAUUUAAUUUUAUA